AUGGUCGAGACACGAAAUGCUGUUGAAGAUAUUUGGGGAGAACGGAAGCCAUAUAAGCAUGUCUGGCCAGACAGAGUGGACCAGUUCACGAUCGAAGACCCAGAGAAAUGGGUGCAAAGUGCAUGUGUGAUGUGCAGCAAUGGAUGUGGACUAGAUGUCGGUGUCAAGGACGGUAAAAUCGUGGGCGUCCGAGGAAGGGCAACGGAUCGAGUGAACAGAGGUCGGUUGGGCCCAAAAGGUCUUUACUCGUGGAAAUCUCUCCAGCACGCCGACCGACUGAAGUACCCGAUGAUUCGUAAAAAUGGCAAGCUUGAACGCGCCUCGUGGGAGGAAGCCAUGUCCUUUAUUGUCGAACGUACUCGUGAUGUCCAACGCCGAUUGACAAACCAUGGCAUUGGCUUCUACACAACAGGUCAGCUAUUCCUCGAAGAGUAUUAUGCUCUAGCUGUGGUCGGAAAGGCCGGACUGAAUACCCUACAUAUGGAUGGGAAUACUCGACUCUGCACGGCCACUGCGGCGGCGUCGAUGCGAGAAAGCUUUGGAUCAGACGGACAGCCUGGCUCGUACACUGAUAUUGACUUUACUGAAUGCAUCUUCAUGGUAGGUCACAAUAUGUCGGCAACUCAGACAGUCCUGUGGUCGAGAAUCCUGGAUCGCCUGGACGGGCCGGAGCCGCCAAAGCUCAUCGUCGUUGACCCCAGGACGUCGGACACGGCCAAGAAAGCAACGCUCCAUUUGGCUCCAAGGAUAGGAACGAAUCUUGCAUUGCUUAACGGGAUUCAACAUUGCCUCUUUGCCAAGAAGUAUGUCAACGAGGAGUACGUCUCAAAGCUUGUCGUUCAAAGAAAGGAACUGGAAGACGUUGUCAAAGAAUAUCCCCCUCACGUCGUGUCACAUAUAACUGGAGUUCCCGAAGAAGACAUCAUAGCCGCCGCAGACAUCCUCGGAUGUACAAAGUCACUUUUAUCAACAGCCCUUCAAGGAGUUUACCAAUCCAAUCAGGCCACCGCCAGUGCCUGCGCAAUCAACAAUAUCAAUCUGCUCCUAGGUCACAUCGGCAAACCCGGCAGUGGAAUCUACCAGAUGAACGGUCAACCUACUGCACAGAACAAUCGUGAAGCCGGCUGCGAUGGAGAGUAUCCUGGCUUCCGCAACUUUUCCAAUCCUGUUCAUAUGCAGGAACUGGCUGAUCUAUGGAAUAUCGACUACAUCCAUGUCCCGCACUGGAACCAGCCAACUCAUAUUGAGAAUAUGUUGAAGUUUAUUGCCGACGGCUCAAUUGAGAUGUUCUGGAUAAAUGGGACAAACCCGCUCGUCAGUCUUCCAAAUCUGCCAAUGGUCCGGGAGCUUUUGACAAAAGAGAGCCUCUUUGUCAUUGCACAGGACAUAUUCCCGACCGAAACGACUGCAAUUGCAGACGUCGUGUUACCGGCGGCCGCAUGGGGCGAGAAAACUGGAUGCUUUACCAACGUCGAUCGAACUGUCCACUUGUCUAAGAAAGCUGUUGAACCACCUGGAGAGGCAAAGUCAGAUUUCGAGAUAUUCUGCGACUUCGCCAAACGCAUGGGCUUUCGAGACAAGGAUGGCCAGCCCCUGAUCAGCUGGAAUGAUCCUUCUGAAGCCUUCGAAGCAUGGAAGAAGCUGUCUAAAGGUCGGCCGUGCGAUUAUUCCGGACUGACCUACGAGAAACUUAGUGGCGGUUCGGGCAUUCAGUGGCCUUGCACCGACGAAUUUCCCUACGGUAAAGAGAGAUUAUUUGAUGAUGGGCGAUUCUUCACCGACAUCGACUACUGUGAGUCAUUUGGGCACGAUCUUGAAACCGGUGCUCCAUAUACAAAGAGCCAGUACAAAGACAUAGCACCGGCAGGACGUGCCAUUUUGAAACCCUGCCAUUACCUGCCGGAGAUGGAAUCCGUCGACGAGGACUAUCCAUUGCAAUUAUCCACAGGUCGCCGACCACUUCAUUUCCACACCCGUACCAAGACAGGCCGAACGCCUCGGCUCCAGCAGGCAGACCCAGAGCCUUAUGUCCAGGUAUCGAAAGAAGACGCCCACAAGUACGAUAUCAGCGAAGGAGACCAGGUCCUCGUCGAAUCACGUAGGGGUAAAGUCCAGGUUGGCGCUAGGGUCGGUCUUAUGGCGCCUGGGCAGGUUUUUAUACCUUUCCAUUUUGGAUAUUUCGACUCGCAUGAUGGGAAAGCAAGAGCAGCCAAUGAACUGACAAGACAACAAUGGGAUCCUGUCUCCAAACAGCCGCAAUUCAAGUCAGGCGCAGUCCGCGUCACCAAGAUCGAUCCAUCAGAUGAAGACCAACUUCAAGCACCUGAGUUGCAGACGGCCGCGGUACGGACGAAAGAGGAGCACAACAAAAGCCAGACUCGUCAAGCUGGAUCCAAGAGAGGAGAAGAGCCGACAGAGAGGUUUCUCGAAUACUGGUUGGGCGCCACCUUUGCCUCGAUCGACACACUACGUGACAUAUGUGACCAUCUUAUCCCGCGCAUUGUGCAUGCAGACUACGAGAUAAGCAGUGGCAUGAGUGUAAUGCAUCGUAUUACCACUUCUUGCAUCGAACGAUUGGGACCGUUUACUGUCAAGUAUCGCAGUGAACGUCAAUACGGCCAGCGUACAUCAUUGGAUCUCAAGAAGAGGCUGUUUCCGGACAUCAUGGCCGGUGGCAUUUCAGGAUCGAAUGCGUAUGACAUUCUCAUUACUCUGCAGAGCUUUUAUCUCUUCCUAGGCCAUGUGGAAGGCCAUAUUAUCACCUUGGUGCCAGCAGCGCAAGCAAGCUGGGACAAGGAGUUCUUUGAGGCGGUCAGUUUUGUCAAUACUCAGAUCGGUAGAAUGUAUGCUUGGACGAAACAGCAAAUGGGUUCAAGAGGUCCGCAGGCUCUUUUGGUACCUUGCAGAGCGGCGGUCGAACUUAAGGACAAGAUCUCGGAUGAAUUGGCUGAAGACGCAUGA